CAAAUAUUCGAUGACAAGUAUAAAUGCAGCGAUUGUACAUUUGUAAUGCUCACUUAUUGAGAAUUUGUUUUUUUUUAUCUACGUUUUUACUUUCGAUCAGUCAUUUGCGUACAAUGAGUGCCCAAGUAAUUCCUGCACAGCAUAGUCUUUUUCUGUCAUCCGGCUUGAGGUAAAUUUAGUUUCACCGGCUUCAAUGUUCUCAGUACAUGUUCCACUCAUGGCUUAUUCAGUUACUGUCUAAGGUCAACUUUGAGUAUCGUGAUCUGUAAAGUAAUUCUCACUGCGUUUACGUAAAAUAUACAUUUUACAACAUCAACUUUUAAUAUAUCAAACAUAAAAUAAUGAAGAUUUAAAAUCUCAGUGAUAAGUACAAAAACUUAAGUGUCACAUAAAUAAAAAUUACAAUAUAUCAUAUACAACAGCAUCUUAAAGAUUAUCCACACGAAGAAUGGAGAUAGCAAAGGAACUUGUAUUGACUCUCAAGCAAAAUAAUAAAUCGCACGUUGGAUAUGGAUUGCAAAAGGAGUGCGAGGCUCUCGUCGGGCACAUCUUGCAAAACAUGGUCAGAUCCCAGAUGCCUCCUCUACACGGUGUAACGAAAAACGAGGAAGACUCCGUCAGAUACAGAGAGGAAGGCAAUCAACAUUUUGUAAUGGGUGACGACCUGGAAGCAAUUGAAUGUUACACCCUGAGCUUAGCGUACGCCGAUAGCGAUGAACUCAUGGCGUACGCACACGCGAACCGAUCCGCCGCUUUGUACAGGAAACAAUUGUACAAGGAAUGCCUGAUAGACAUUGACGCGGCUCUGUCUCAUGGAUAUCCAAAAGAGAAGCAGAGGAACUUGAAGGACAGGGGCGACAAAGCGAUAACGGAGAUAAAAAGGCUGCUGCAGCUGGAGGAUGCCGAUCAUCAGAGAACUACAAAAUCAGAAAGCGUCGAGCGCAUAGGCAACGGGACGGCAAUAGAAAAUGAUCGAGAGAUUCCGAAGAAGCAGGGCGCGAUAGCUAACGAGAAUUAUCUUCAUUAUGCGGCGAAGAUCCCUCCGCGGAAGCCGCGAUAUUUGCAGGAGGAGGAUUUUUCCAAGUUAACGUACGGCCCGAGCCGAGAAGCUCCUGCAAUCAGCGACGGCAUCGCCAUAUCCUUCUCCGAGAGAUACGGCAGACACUACAUGGCCACACGGGAAUUUAAACCUGGCGACAUAGUCAGCAUCGAAGAUCCGUAUGCGCAUGUUAUCUACGAGGAACGGUAUUACACGCAUUGCCACUAUUGUCUAUCCAGAAGCUACAAUCUAAUACCAUGCCCGCAAUGCCCGAUAGCUCAGUAUUGCUCCGAGAAUUGCAGGAAGCUGGCCUGGGAAACAUGCCACCAGACAGAAUGCCCAAUUCUAAAGCUGUUGACGAACCUGCUCAACGUGGACAAGGAUAAGAUAAGAAUGAUUUCCAAGAUCAUUCGAUUGUUGAUCGUGGUGACCGAGAAUGGAACUAGAAUUAAAGAGCUGCAGCAAGAUAUGAAAACGGCGGAAUCCAAUUCAGACAAUAGAACGGCGGGAUUUACAGAUACUGGAAUAUUAGAUAGCUUUAGCAGCCGGUCCGCGCUGAGCCUCGCUACCAAUAUGACUACGAGACCGCUGAUCGGAAUCAGCGCGUUCGCCUGUAUCUCGGCGCUCGCGGUAAUUCUUUUAGCUACGCAGACAAGAUUUUUCCCCAAGAGAUACGAGAUUGACGACUUGAAGGACAUCAGCGAAUUUUCCGAGCUCAAGUUUUGCGCGAGUAUAAUGUUUCGUGCCUGCGUGAUAAUGUCAUCUAAUUGCUUUUCAAUACAGCAAGAACCUGGAAUUGUGUCGGGUUCAGGCCUAUAUGUGACUCACAGUCUGUACAAUCACUCUUGCGCACCGAAUACUUUUCGACAUUUCGAGGGACUGACAAUGAUCACGCGUGCCUUGACACCUAUACGUCCCGGGGAUCAAAUAUUCACAAGCUACGGUGGCGUUUACGCGCACAUGCAACGAUCCGAGAGGAAGCAAAAGAUACUGCAGGAUUACUUUCUCGAUUGCGAUUGUCCGGCAUGCAAGAACGAUUGGCCGACAUAUAAUGAGAUCCUGCGAGAUCAUAUCGGAUCUAUCUCUAAGAAUAAGCAGCUUGUGGAAAAACUGAGGCCUUUCAGGGAGAGAUUACUCGCGAAUAUGUACGAUAUUGAGGCGGUGAAGGCCGUUCUCGAUAUAUUACACAGGGAAGUUGGUGAACAUCCAUGCGAGGAGAUACUCCACGCGGAGCAGUAUUUAAAGAGCUACUAUUUGGGUAAAUUUAAAUAA